ACAACUGCCCGAGUUACACCAGGAACGCACAAUCCCUCCAUCAGUGCUUAGACUGUCCACAGUAGGCCGAGAGAGGCUGGACUGAGGGCUUGUAGGCCUGUUGUAAGGCAGGUCCUCACCAGACAUCACCGGCAACAAUGGGCACAAACCCACUGUCGCUGGACGAGACAGGACUGGCAAAAAGUGCUCUUCACUGAUGAGUCACGGUUUUGUCUCACUGGGGGUGAUGGUCGGAUUUGCGUUUAUCGUCGAAAGAAUGAGCGUUACACCGAGGCCUGUACUCUGGAGCGGGAUCAAUUUGAAGGGGGAGUGUCUGGGGCGGUGUGUCACAGCAUCAUCGGGCUGAGCUUGUUGUCAUUGCAGGCAAUCUCAACACUGUGCAUUAGAGGGAAGACAUCCUCCCUCAUGUGGUACCCUUCCUGCAGGCUCAUCCUGACAUGACCCUCCAGCACGACAACGCUGUGUGUUAGAGGGAAGACAUCCUCCCUCAUGUGGUACCCUUCCUGCAGGCUCAUCCUGACAUGACCCUCCAGCACGACAACGCUGUGUGUUAGAGGGAAGACAUCCUCCCUCAUGUGAUACCCUUCCUGCAGGCUCAUCCUGACAUGACCCUCCAGCACGACAACGCUGUGUGUUAGAGGGAAGACAUCCUCCCUCAUGUGGUACCCUUCCUACAGGCUCAUCCUGACAUGACCCUCCAGCACGACAACGCUGUGUGUUACAGGGAAGACAUCCUCCCUCGUGUGGUACCCUUCCUGCAGGCUCAUCCUGACAUGACCCUCCAGCACGACAAUGCCACCAGCCAUGCUGCUCGUUCUGUGCGUGAUUUCCUGCAAGGCAGGAAUGUCAGUAUUCUGCCAUGCCCAGCGAAGAGCCUGGAUCUCAAUCCCAUUGAGCACAUCUGGGACCUGUUGGAUCGAGGAAACGUACUGCUCAUGAGCGGGCCAAGGAGCUCUAUGCGUUUCCUCCCCGAAUUCUCCUCGGGGAGGAAAUGGGCUGAUGAUGCUCCCAAGGAGAAGGUGGACACCUCCGCUGUCAACCUGAUCGCCUCGGGGGCCUGCGGAGCCUUUGUACACGGACUGGAGGACGAGAUGUACGAGGUGCGUAUUGCUGCUGUGGAUGCCUUCUCUGCUCUCGCCCAAUCAUCUGCCAGCUUUGCUGAGAUGUGCCUGGACGAUGAGAUGUUUAACGAUGAGAUUGAGGCGGUCAGGCUGCAGUCCAUCCACGUCCUCAGACAGAUCUCUACUAACACCCUGAGAGAAGACCAGCUGGAUACUGUACUGGCUGUACUAGAGGACUCGUCUCGUGACAUCAGAGAGGCGCUACAUGAGUUGCUGUGUUUCACCAAUGUGUCGACUAAAGAGUGUAUCCAACUGGCUCUGCUGGAGCUGCUGAAAAAUCUCACCAAGUACCCCACUGACCGCAACUCUGUCUGGAAGUGUCUAAAGUUUCUAGGUUGUCGUCAUCCUACCCUGGUAUUACCGCUGGUUCCAGAGCUGCUCAGUACUCACCCUUACUUCCACACCCCUGAACCAGACAUGGAUGGCCCUGACUAUAUUGCAGUGUUGGUGCUGGUGUUCAACGCAGCUCAGUCUUGUCCCACCAUGACAGCUCUGUUCUCAGACCACACCUUUAGACAUUACACCUACCUACGGGACAGCCUCUCUCACCUAGUACCUCCUCUCAGGUUACCAGGGAGGAAGCAGGCCCCAGGUGGGAGUGGUAUAGAAGGUUCCAGGAGUGUGGAGUCUGCUCAGCUGGUCCUCCAACAGAGUCUGAGCAGAGUUAGCACCAUACAAAACCUACAGGACCCCGGGGCUCAGGACCUGCUAAACUUUACUAUCACACACACACAUUCUAUCAAAACAUUAAAAACACAUUUUGAAGUGACUAUUUUGUGUGUGUGUCUCAGAGAUCUACAGAGACUGGGGGAGCUACAGACAGAGCUGGCAGGGGCUGCUGACUUUUUUGCCACCUACCUCCGCUGCCAACUACUGCUCACCAAGAUGCUGGAGGAGACGUAUAAACGGGUGUUCCUAUAUAAUGGUCUGGAGAACAGACAGGUGGCCACCAUACACCAUGUCAGACUACAGGCUAAGGCCUUACAGCGAGUUCUGACUGCCCGUACUAGGCGAGGAGUUGAACCUCUCAUCAAUGUCUGUGAGAAGUUCCUUCAGGAGGUUGAAUCCUUUCAGAGGCUGUUUGUGGUGGAGCUGCCCCACCUCCAGGAAAGUUUUGUGGGGAAGCUGUUGGGUGUGAGUCCCAGGCUGUCGGCCUGCAAGCCUGGAGAACUGGUCAAGAUUCUUCAGACCACACUGAGACAGAGUGGUUUCUUAAACCUUCAAUUUCCUAAACAGGUCCAGCGUGCAUCAGCGACCAUCAUUGAGCCGACAGGAGAGUCUGACAACCCGCUGCGUUUCACCUCUGGCCUGGUGGUGGCGCUAGACAUCGACGCUACGCUGGAGCACGUACAAGACCCCCACAACACAAAGUACAGCCAGACGGCCAGUCUCAUGUGAUUCAGCCUAAACCUGGAGACUUCAGGAGUCCUGGACCACACCGCCACCGCCUCAUCACACAGGUCUACUUGUCUCAUGGACUGGCGUAUCAGAUCAAAGUGAGGCUGCUGGCCUACAGCUCAUCUUGUCUCUAAGACAGCGUGGAGCGACAGCAGCAUUGAAGGCCUCCAGCCAGCAGAGGGUGCCACUGGGGGAACCAUUCCCUUCAGCAAACUUGUCAAGCAGGUAGAGUGGAAGACGCCACCCACCUUGGCCCCCUGGCCAACCAGGUUGUUGUAUUCUGUGAUGGCCUUCACGAUCUGCAGCACCCUCAGUUCCACUCCUCUCUGUCACACAAAGUCCACAGUUGAGGAAGGGACCUUUUUAAAGAGAGCGUGUUCAACAUUGCAGCUGACUUUAAAAGACAAAUUCCACCCGAAAACUAUCAUUUUGUUUUUGUUUCAUUAAUCCAUUGUUGACAUAGUCUCAACUUGAUUGCUGACAAGCGAAACAUGUUUUAAAGAUACGUAACAUUUCCAAAUACAUAAAUCAUUCCCUUAUGAUGCAAUUUGUAUCAUAUCUUGCUGCGGGGAGGAUUUCUGUAUUUUGAAAGUUAAAUCAAAUAAAAACAAUUGUCACAUGCGCCGAAUACAACAGGUUACACCUUACAGUGAAAUGCUUACAAGCCCUUAACCAACAAUGCAGUUUUAAGAAAAUGCCCCCCCCCCCAAAGAAAAAGUAAGAGAUGAGAAUAACAAAUCAUUAAAGAGCAGCAGCAAAUAACAAUAGCAAGGCUAUAUACAGGAGGUACAGGUACAGAGUCAAUGUGCGGGGGCACUGGUGUCGAGGUAAUUGAGGUAAUAUGCACAUGUAGGUAGAGUUAUUAAAGAGACUGCAUAGAUAAUAACAGAGAGUAGCAGCAGCGUAGAAGAGGGUGGGGGGAAGGGCAAUGCAAAUAGUCUGGGUUGACAUUUGACUAGCUGUUCAGGAGUCUUAUGGCUUGGAGGUAGAAGCUAUUUAGAAGCCUCUUGGACCUUGACUUGGCACUCCGGUACCGCUUGCCGUGCGGUAGCAGAGAGAACAGUCUAUGACUAGGGUGGCUGGAGUCUGACAAUUUUUAGGGCCUUCCUCUGACACCGCCUGGUAUAGAGGUCCUGGGUGGCAGGAAGCUUGACCCCGGUGAUGUACCGCAGCCGGAGGCCGAGCAGUUGCCAUACCAGGCAGUGAUGCAACCCGUCAGGAUGCUCUCGAUGGUGCAGCUGUAAAACCUUUUGAGGAUCUGAGGACCCAUGCAAAAUCUUUUCAGUCUCUUGAGGGGGAAUAGGUUUUGUUGUGCCCUGUUCACGACUGUCUUGGGGUGCUUGGACCAUGUUAGUUUGCUGGUGAUGUGGACACCAAGGAACUUGAAGCUCUCCACCUGCUCCACUACAGCCCCGUCGAUAAGAAUGGGGGUGCUCAGUCCUCCUUUUCCUGUAGUCCACAAUCAUCUCCUUUGUCUUGAUCACGUUGAGGGAGAGGUUGUUGUCCUUGCACCACAAGGUCAGGUCUCUGACCUCCCCUAUAGGCUGUCUCAUCAUUGUUGGUGAUCAGGCCUACCACUGUUGUGUCAUUGGCAAACUUAAUGAUGGUGUUGGAGUCGUGCCUGGCCGUGCGAUCAGGAUCCAGUUGCAGAGAAAGGUAUUUAGUCCCAGGGUCCUUAGCUUAGUGAUGAGCUUUGAGGGCACUAUGGUGUUGAACUCUGAGCUGUAGUCAAUGAAUAGCAUUCUCACAUAGGUGAUCCUUUUGUCCAGGUGUGAAAGAGCAGUGUGGAGUGUAAUAGAGAUGGUAUCAUCUGUGGAUCUGUUGGUGCGAUAUGCAAAUUGGAGAGGGUCUAGUGUUUCUGGGAUAAUGGUGGUGAUGUGAGCCAUGACCAGCCUUUUCAAAGCAUUUCAUGGCUACAAACGUGAGUGCUACGGGUCGGUAGUCAUUUAGGUAGGUUACUUUAGUGUUCUUGGGCACAGGGACUAUGGUGGUCUGCUUGAAACAUGUUGGUAUUACAGACAGGGAGAGGUUGAAAAUGUCAGUGAAGACACUUGCCAGUUGGUCAGUGCAUGCUCAGAGUACACGUCCUGGUAAUCCAUCUGGCCCUGCGGCCUUGUGAAUGUUGACCAUAUAGACACACCCCUGACCUGUUUAAAGGUCUUACUCACAUCGGCUGCAGAGAGCGUGAUCACACACCGGAACAGCUGGUGCUCUCAUGCAUGUUUCAGUGUUACUUGCCUAGAAGUUAUUUAGCUCGUCUGGUAGGCUCGUGUCAAUGGGCAACUCUCGGCUGUGCUUCCCUUUUGUAGUCUGUAAUAGUUUGCAAGCCCUACCACAUCCGACUGGCGUCGGAGCCGGUGUAGUACGAUUCGAUCUUAGUCUUGUAUUGAUGCUUUGCCUGUUUGAUGGUCCGUCGGAGGGGAUAGCGGGAUUUCUUAUAAGCUUCCGGAUUAGAGUUCCGCUCCUUGAAAGCGGCAGCUCUAGCCUUUAGCUCAGUGCGAAUGUUGCCUGUAAUCCAUGGCUUCUGGUUGGGGUAUGUACGUACAGUCGUCCAAAUAAGCCCAAGAAUUGAGGAAUUUUUGUAUGGAGGUCAAUGAGUUUUGAAUUUGGUCAACAAAAAUGCAAUUGCUAAUUUGCUACGUUAUAUUUGAUUGUAAGUAAUUUUUGUAAUGUUUAGGUUGUUAUGAAUGCAGUGAUAAGUGGACGCCUGUGGCAUAUCAGCAACUUACCCAAAAACUACUAUAUUGUAGUUGUCCCUGUUGUCAUAGAGAUAUAUAGAGGACUCAUCAUGGAUUUAAUUCAUUUUAGCAUGGACAUUGCCAUUUGAAGGCUUCCAACAUGUUAAAGUAGUCAACUGGGUGGGGAUUCCUAUGAGUUGGGAAAAAAUCAGUCAAUGAAGAAACAUAUUGUAUUACUUUAUAAAGGAGAUAGCCUCAAUGGCAAUGUCUAUUGCUGUCAGAUGCUAUAAUGGCACAGAUACAUAGAUGAGUCCUCUAUAUAUCUCUAUGGGCUAUUGUUCACACGUAUCUGUGCUCUCAUUGGUUAGAAUAGUCCCACCUGAUCUCACCUCCCACCUACCUUCCAUCUUUGAGGACAUUUAUUUCCAUUGUUAGAUUGGUCAUUCUAAUAUCUUGUCAAUAUAAUAAACAUUUUUGGGGUAAAUGUGCCUCACUCAUGCCCUGCCCGAUGACCAGCGUCUCCACCCCCUUCUGAAGUACCUCCUCCAGAUCUGCAGGCUGCACUCCAGGGUGAUGCUACACACAAAGUGUGUAGUGACAUUAUUGUAAAGACAUUAGUGACAUUCUCAUCAAAUAAGGUGCAGCCCAUGUCCAUCUCUAUGUGCUGUCCGUCCUAUUAUCAUCCAAACUUACGUCCGUCUCAGUCUCUCCAGUCCCAGGCGCGGCUUCCCCCGGGCCACACCUUAUAGGAAGAGGAGCAGCCCUUCACCUUCAUGUGUCUCCAGGAAAGGGAAGCGAUCUAUGGUGACGACAUGGGGCAUGUGUUGUGUCUCAGGUGCUGCAGGCACAUUUGGAAACAAAUGCAGCGUUUUUAAUCUAAAAGGUGGCCUAGCAACAGGGGGCUUGCCGGUUGUGAAUGCUGCUGGGGAAUAAGACAGGAACCGGAGGGUACUAUCCAUGGCUCACAGGGGCCGCCCUGCUCAAACCUCUCCAAUCUCUGUGUUGGUGUGUCUUUCAGAGGGGUUGUCAACUUGAGAGCAAUGCUGCAAGAAAUAUGGAUAUAUAAAGUAUUCUAAUAAAACAUAAGCACAUCUAGUGAGAAACAUUUCGAAAGUUGAAUCCCUAUGAACUAUUAGAUCGUAUCUGUUCACGUGACCAUGUAAACAAACUGGUGAACUGUAGCAAGAGCACUCAAACAAGUUUAAAAACCCUAACAAAUAGACGAACGAUACGCUCAAAUGUCACUAUCAUUUACUACAGAUGUCUGUUGGUAUAUUUUAUGUCCGUCAGUCGUGAUUACUACUUUUCCUUACUAGUUCGUUCCCUGCCAACCUGACUAAAGAGUUUUAUACCUUAACCAAAGCAUGUCGUUUCCAAUGGGAACAAAUGAGCCAUAGUGAGCAGAGCCAAGCACGAGCUUGCGAGAUCCUAUUGGCGCGUUCUAGCAGCAUCUGCAUAUUUCCGUUAGGGAACACCCACUCUGUGAAGUGCGCGUGUGCGAUAACUCAUUUCGCAUUUGCACUCCUUCUAAACAACACGAUUUAAAAAAAACUUUUGCAAAUGGUAAAGUUUACAAACCUUAGUCCACUCUGUUCAUAAAACCGUAUUGAGAUCAAAUGUUUCAUCGAUGAGAACAUUUGCAGAAUUUCGGCCAAAAUCCAUCUUCUCCCACUCCCCGGCAUUGGGCUUCCUCUCGCUACCAUAUUUGGUAGUGCGUGGAAUCACCAAGCGGAUGCCUCACAUUUAACCAUCAAGUGAAAUAUCUGACCCAUUGUUGUGGCCUGACUGCUACUUCCGUGAAGGGGUGGGCGUGUUCCGAAUCGUUGUCAAGUUGCUGAUGCUGCAGCGUUGUUGAACUUUGCAGACAGAAAUGUCAUGACUCGAGCUGAUGUGAUUGCUUAUUACAUAUACCAGAGAAGUAUAUAUGUUCUAUAUCAUAGAUAUCUAUCUGAACGUUGGCCAACGUUGUCUCCUACUGAAAGUGGCCAUGAUAAAAUGUGGACUGGCUAAUGGAUAAAUGUAUCUCAAGGCCAUCAGACUGUUAAACAGCCACCAUUAACAUUGAGUGGCUGUUGCCAACACACUGUCAUUGACACUGACCCAACUCCAGCCACUUUAAUAAUGGGAAUUGAUGGGAAAUGAUGUAAAUAUAUCACUAGCCACUUUAAACAAUGCUACCUUAUAUAAUGUUACUUACCCUACAUUAUUCAUCUCAUAUGCAUACGUAUAUACUGUACUCUACAUCAUCGACUGCAUCCUUAUGUAAUACAUGUAUCACUAGCCACUUUAACUAUGCCACUUUUUUUACUUUGUCUACAUACUCAUCUCAUAUGUAUAUACUGUACUCGAUACCAUCUACUGUAUGCUGCUCUGUACCAUCACUCAUUCAUAUAUCCUUAUGUACAUAUUCUUUAUCCCCUUACACUGUGUAUAAGAGAGUAGUUUUGGAAUUGUUAGUUAGAUUACUUGUUGGUUAUCACUGCAUUGUCGGAACUAGAAGCACAAGCAUUUCGCUACACUCGCAUUAACAUCUGCUAACCAUGUGUAUGUGACAAAUAAAAUGUGAUUUGAUUUGAUGUAUUAACUCAACGUUUGAAGCAAGAGCUGUUUGUCCCACCGAGUUCAUCCAAUUAACCAUUUAUUUUAUACACUUUUUUUCUACAUGGACUUUUAUGUUGUGUGUGUGAGUCCCUCCCAUUUUCUAAAAGGCUAUUAUACUGCCUUUAGGUUCCCAUUCCUCCUGUUGUCACUGUAACCUGUCCAAAGGGGAAUAAUGAUGCUGCAAAUGCAUUUGAUAAGAACAAAUAUUUAAUUUUGUUUAUCCACAUUAACAUAUGCAUCACAAUCUGGCUUCUGGGCCCAGAAAGCCUAUUUCUAGACUAAAAAGGACUUCUCCACACCGCAUACGCCACAUAUAAAAAUAACAGUUCUGGGUCUUUAUAUAAAUAAUGGGGCCAAUGUGUGACAUUUGGAUCAAGAUAUCAAAAUGGUUUGAAACUAAAAUAAAAAUUAUUUUCAAGCAGUUCCACGUGUAUUUAGAGUAAUAAAAGUGAAUAUAUGCAAAUUGGCCCAUAACUCCACCUAUACAACAACAUUGGACUAUAAUCCUUUAAGCAGGGUUCAUAAAGACAUUGUCAAGUCAAAUUCAAGGACUUUCAGGGACUUUUUCAAGCGAUUAAUUGUAAUUUUCAAGGACCUCCAAUUGUACAUAUAGGGCUUAAAA